UUCCGGAGGACCGGGUUCCGCUUCCGGUUAGAAUGUCGACCAUGGCGGCGUUGCGGAGGCUGGCGGGCUCGCAGAGGUUGCUGGGGUUACCGGUUCGUGCGGUCUCCUCCGGCCAAACCGCGAACACCACGGUCUCUGCCCGGAUCUCCCCGGCCUCUCGCCCUAUGGACGUGGUUGAGUGGCACCCAAUGGAGAAGGAAGAGGAGAAGAGCCCUUUCGUCAAGAAUCCAGACUUUCAUGGCUACAGUGACGAUCCUGUUACUGAUGUACAGAAUAUGCGUGCUACCUUCUUCUUUGGAAUAUCUGUUUGUCUCGUACUGGGCACUACCUACCUGUAUUAUCUGCCUGACCAUAAGAAUCUUCAUUGGGCUCGCCGGGAAGCUGAACGGAGAGUUAAGGAGCGAACUGAACAAGGUCUUCCCAUUCUUUCCUCUUAUUACUACGACCCUAGCAAGAUUGUGCUGCCUCCUGAAGAAGAAGAAUGAUCGCUUUAAUGUUUACUUGUAUGUUGAGAAUAAACCUUUAAGAUAUAAUAUA